GCCCGCUGACCCGGCCUCUCUCUGCGCUCCCCGCCGCCCGGCGCGCAGGGCCCGGCCGCCGCCAUGUCGGGCCCGUUCGAGCUCUCGGUGCAGGACCUCAACGACCUGCUGUCGGACGGCAGCGGCUGCUACAGCCUGCCGAGCCAGCCCUGCAACGAGGUCAGCCCCCGGAUCUACGUGGGCAACGCGUCUGUGGCUCAAGACAUCCCCAGGCUGCAGAAGCUGGGCAUCACUCACGUCCUGAAUGCCGCCGAGGGCAGGUCCUUCAUGCAUGUCAACACCAGUGCCAGCUUCUACAAGGACUCGGGCAUCACCUACCUGGGCAUCAAGGCCAACGACACGCAGGACUUCAACCUCAGCGCCUUCUUCGAAAAGGCCGCAGACUUCAUCGACCAGGCCCUGGCUCAGAAGAACGGCCGAGUGCUUGUCCACUGCCGUGAAGGGUACAGCCGCUCCCCCACGCUGGUCAUCGCGUACCUCAUGAUGCGCCAGAAGAUGGACGUCAAGUCCGCCCUGAGCGUCGUCCGGCAGAACCGGGAGAUCGGCCCCAACGACGGUUUCCUGGCCCAGCUCUGCCAGCUCAACGACAGACUUGCCAAGGAGGGGAAGGGAGUGGCCAAGUGACUCACUUGGCACGUAUCAGGGAUGUCGUGGCUCGCUAAGACACGCUUUAAAUUGCACUCCAGGACGCGCUCACCGGUUGGUCGAGGCAGGCAGGGAAUGUGCCUUUUCCGGAGUGGGCAGGACGAGGAGCCGCCGUGUAGCGGCAGGAGCAGCACUGUGCAGCCUGGACAGCGCCUUUCCCGGACACCUUUCCUGGACAGCGAAGAUUGAGCACGCAAGGGCCCGGGCUGCUCCUUGAGAACCGGUGACCCAGGCGACCGUGUCAGUGACACAGCCAUCCUCAGACCUGAGCACCUGGGGUAUGCCGGAGCAGUAGUGCAGGCGGAGGGCACUUGUCUUGCACAUGACUGACGUGGGUUCGAUCCCUGGCAUCCCACAUGGUUCCCUGAGCCCUGCCAGGAAUGAUCCCUGAGCACAGAGCCAGGAGGAAGCCUUGAGCACAGGUGGGUGUGGCCCAGAAGCCAAAAAAAGAAAAUCAAGAAAACUGAGCACCUCACUGAUAAUGGCUGAUAAUCCUCCCAUUAAUCAAAUUCCCAUUAAUCAUGUAUUUACACUUUUUUUUUUAUGGGGCUGGAGAGAGCACAGGGUAAGGCCGCACCCCUGGCUCGAAGCCCCUGCACCAGGGAUGCUCAGAGCUAGGAACAGCCCCUGAGCACAGAUGGGUGUGACCCAUCCUCUUCCCUCUCCCAGAACACCCCCUCAAAAACCAAAAGAAAAUGGAACAUGGGUUGGCGAGAUGCCUCAGCAAGCAGCUGGGGUGCUGGCUUUGAUGAAGAAGGCCUGAGUUUAAUAUCCGGCACUUUAUGGUUCCCCAAGCGCCCCAGGGGCGGGGGGACACACUCAAGCCCAGAGCUGGAAAUAACUCCCGAGCUGCUCUGGGUGUGUCCCCCAAAACAAACACAAAGGAACUGGGCUUCCGAGGUUCAGAGUGAGCAAAGGUCAGCCGGCUCCACGGCACACCGGAAGCAGUGUUUCAGGGCGUCCCACUCCUGAGGUCCUCAGGGGACUUCUUUCCUUUCCUCUGCUGCUCAGGCACGUCCUGCGCUCACGCCCCUGACCGUGAGCUCUGUGGUGUGUGGGGAGAGACUUAGCACAAGCGCAUCCCUGUCCCGGAAGCGAAGCAUUGGUUAAGAACCGGUUGGGUUCUGCCUUCUGGGUUUUUUCUCCGGACACACAGGGCACCCUGAAGUGGGUGCUGGGGACACAGCUUCUGGAUGUGCCUCUGGAGCUGGACUCCCCUCCUGGGUCUGAGUGUGGUCACCUCACAGUGUGGCCAGAGCCUGGUGGGCCCACAAUACAGGCAGAGGUCAGCUAACCAGGCUGUACUGGGGGGAGGAGGGAAGAAAGGCUACCGAGAAUUAACGCCUGUACUUUUUAGGGAUUUCUUGAUAGACUUUCAUCUCAGAAUCCCCAGUGUUCCACGAAGUUUUGCUCCUACGUUUUUUUUUUUUUUUUUGUGGGGGGGGGGUCAAGUAAAAUCAAACCAAAUUCAAUUAUGUAGGAGUCCAGGGAAGCGGAAGCUGUUCUCACACAGCUUUCUUCCCCUGGGAACUUAUGGGAUAGGAACUCAGGGUGCCCUUUCCCCUUCCCCUGACCUUUGAUUAGCAGAACCCCCACUCCAAACCCCCCAGGACAGAAUGAGAGCGCGUCUGGUGGUCUUCUGCUACAUUCUGAAGCGGGAGUCCACCUUCCGCAGACCAGUUUCUCUCCCGGAGUUAUCUUGAGAGUAGAAACCAUCCACCACACCCGGGGACCUGGAGGCAGACCUUUCGGGUCCCUUCUGGCUCUGAUAUUGUGGGGGUCUCUGAAUUUCCCCACUGGGGAUUGAAUGCCACCUGGAAUUGACGGGGGAGCGUGUAGUAAGAUGAUGACCAGCAGGUGGCGCUGCGUCCCGUGGGAAUGGACGCUUGGAAAAGGAUGGGUACCUUCUGCAUCCGGAGUUCAGGCCCAGAUGGAAGUUUCAGUGAAAAUCCUGACAAUAUGAACUGCUCUGGUGGGGAGCUCUCUCUGUCAUCCAACACUGUCCGCAGUGAAGAGCCGACCAUGAUGAUGACCCAAGUCAAGAUUUUUAUCCAGUUAAAACUAGGUUGAGAAAGCUGAUGGGUUGGAAGCUUAAUUUACCACUUGGCAACUUUUCGGGUGACUCGCCUACAAAGUAUGAAUUUUCUGGACAGAAGAGGCCAGAGGGAUCCAGGUUUUAAAAUUAAGAUAAUAUGUCUCAAAUCAGUGUUACAAUACUAAAACUGUAACCAAAAUAAAUGUCUUACAGGAAAACAAA